CCCUUCCCUUUCUUUCGUGUUCCUUCUCUCGGUUCUUGUUCUUGUUCGCGGCGAGAUCGGAGGAAGUACUGACAUAAUUGAUCGAUUUGUAACGCAGAUGCGGGCCUCUCUGUCCACCUUCCUCAUGAGAAGGGCCGUGGGGAGGAAUGUGUUGCGCGGCGUCAAUUUUUUGCCCACAAGGUGUUUGUGCAGUGAUGUGGCUGCUGGAGGUGGAGGAGGAGGUGCUAAUUCUAGCCAUGCCGUGGAAAGAGAUGCGGGCCAUGAAGAGAGGGAUGGUGUGACAACUAAGCAAUAUGAUGUGGCUAUCAUUGGUGGUGGCAUGGUUGGACUGGCUCUUGCAAGUGCAUUGUCAAGUAUGCCUUUAACAAAGCAUUUAAAGGUUGCCAUUGUUGAUCCAAAUCCUGCACUGUCUCUGAGAAACUAUUAUGACAAGAGUGAGAUGCCUGACUCAAGGGUUAGCACAAUUACUCCUGCAACUAUUUCGUUGUUCAAAGAUGUUGGUGCUUGGGAGCAUGUUCAGCAGCAAAGACAUGCAUUUUUUGAUCAGAUGCAGGUAUGGGACUACACUGGUUUGGGUUAUACGAGAUACAAUGCUAGAGAUGUGGGAAAAGAAUAUCUUGGAUGUGUGGUGGAGAAUAAGGUUCUUUGCAAUUCACUUUUAUUAUCCUUACAGCAGGAUGCAGAUUCUAGAAAGACAAUCAUCCCUGCAAAACUAACCUCAAUGACUUUACCACCAAAAAGCCCAUCUUCUGGAUCAUCCAUAGGCCAUACUACUAUGGAUAAGUUGUCUGGAAUGGCCAAGUCUGAUGAAACUUUUGAGCAGAUACAACUUAGACGAUUAGCCAAACUGGAACUGAGUGAUGGACAGCACAUCUAUUCAAAGUUGGUGGUCGGAGCUGAUGGUGCUAAAUCACAUGUUAGGGAGAUGGCAGGAAUCAAGACAAGUGGGUGGAAUUAUUCACAAAGUGGAGUUAUAUGUACAGUUGAACACACUCUGGAAAAUCAUUGUGCUUGGCAGAGAUUUCUACCAUCUGGUCCAAUUGCACUUUUACCUAUUGGAGACAAAUUUAGCAAUAUUGUAUGGACAAUGGGCUCUGAUGACUCUACCAGGCACAAGUUGAUGAGUGUUGAUGAUUUUGUAGAAGCUGUGAACUAUGCACUAGAUCAUGGUUAUGGUCCACAUCCACAGUCGAGCUCUCUGGAUCAUUACAUUGAGAGUUUACCAUGGAUCACUGGACCUGGAACACUAUCCACUAGAGAACACUUUGAAGUACCACCAAAAGUAAUUAAUGUGGUCUCAGAAAGAAUGGCUUUUCCUUUAUCAUUAAUGCAUGCUCAUAACUACGCAUCAAGCCAAGUUGUGCUUAUAGGUGAUGCAGCACAUGCAGUACAUCCUUUAGCAGGUCAAGGUGUAAAUUUAGGAUUUGGAGAUGCAUCAGCUUUGGCUAAGGUCAUCGCUGAAGGCCUUUCACUGGGUGCUGACAUUGCGGAUCUUGCCUUGCUGAAAAAGUAUGAGAAGGAACGGAAGGCGGCAAACAUCACCAUGAUGGCAAUACUUGAUGGUUUUCAGAAGGCUUACUCUGUUGAUUUUGGGCCGAUCAAUCUUGUAAGAGCUGCUGCAUUCCAUGGAGCUCAAUAUAUAGCACCACUCAAGAAGACUAUAAUUUCGUAUGCUAUGGGCGAUAAAAAAUGGCCUCUCUUUUCAUGAGGAAAAGAAGAAAGCAGCGGAUGCUGAUUUUAGUUUAAUGUUGCGCCACUGGCAUAGACAUUUUGUCAUAAUUUAGUUGAUGAAGGUAUUUUCUCGUCAGUCAUAUCUUUGUUCCCUUUAUCACGGUGCUGUUAGUAGUGGCAUUGAUGGGUGAUAUUGAUCAAUUCUAACCUGAAGCUUUUGCAAAGUUCUAAAAAAGUGAAGCAUUGGCUUCUA